UGGCGAGUGAGAGGUGACCUUUCUCCUCUCUCUCCAUCCGGCCUAUUUAAUCAAUAAAUACAUGUAUUCAAACACUAGUUUAACAAUCAUAAACAGAUAAUGUGGUACCAUUAUCUUCCGUUUAUAAAUCAAACGCUUAGUGACAUAAUUACGUGUCGACCAUGUUCUUUACCGUUUUUUUUAGAACAAUAAAAUAUCAAAAACUGUUCGGACAAACUUUCUGCGCUUUUUCUGCCAGCACCCACACGCCUUGAAGUUAUCUCCACUAUAAUUGAUACGCAUCUGUCGAAUACGUCAAAAAGAUGAUGCAUUACUCCAAACGUAAUGAGGACAAGAUACAAUUUGAGAUACAAUUUAUUUUGUUCUGUAUGAAAGGACUUGAUGAAACACAUGAAACACAAUGGCACAUGAUGUUGAAGUUGGUGAAGUUGCAGCACUUUGUUCCAGACCUAAUUCACAUUCAUCCUAAAAAGGGGUCACAAGUUUUCGGAUAGAAUUGGCAAUCAAAAGUCAUCGAACAACAAAAAAAAGUUGCUGAUAUUUCUACUCUAACGGCUUACAAGAACUCUUCCGAUGCAAACGUAUCUAGUCUACUGAGGGAGGACUCCGUGAAUCCUGCAAAGAAAGUACUCAUUUUGAUUUCCAUGAAGCUUGCGAAACGACUGCUCAACCUGAAUCCGUAAAUUUCGAAGCAUCUUCGCCCCUACUAUCAUUCUGUAAAAGAUCGUACUCUCAAGUGUACGAUCUAUCACCGUCUCCAACAGGAAAUUCUUUGGCUCCUGCUUGCUCACUUUCUGCCAUUGAUGAUUUCGAAGUCUUCGUCAGUAGAAAAAUAAAAUAUUUGGAUGAUUAUCGUGACUCAGCGAUUGUUAAACUUCACAACAAUUCGGAUCACAAACUUCAGUUUGAAUGCCGGAUCGACUGUGAUGACUUCGGUGUUGGACCGUCUGAUGGUUGUAUUGAGUCGUCAUCCACCACAAGAUUGGUCCCCUUCGACUGCAUCGCUUAUUGAUUGUUUUCGAGCAAUAUAGACAACACACACUGCCCCUCAAUAGAUCCAUUUGUGUCCAUUUGGUCAUUUAUUUUGCGUCCAUUCCCGUUUCUUCUUAUAUUUUAAAUAAUGACUGAAAAAAGUUAUAUUCCGUUUCAACUCCUCCGUCUUCCAAAA